AUGCCUCCAAGGAAAGGUCGUCCAACCAAUCUCACUCUUCAGGUCACGACGACAAAGCGUCCUGGUCUUUCUAACACUAUUAUCGAGCUCGAGACACCAAUUGAUGACGAAGACUUGUUGAACCUCUCCUCCCCAUCUACCGGCUCGUCUGACUCACCGAUUGACUACCAGUCGCACCUCGAGACAGACUCGGACGCCAAUUCGGACGAACUCUCGAAAGACUUCGCUAUACUGGAGAGACUUCGACGGAAUGUACAAAAGAACCUGCGCCUACGGCCUCUGCGCUCGUCCUCUUCCGUCCGCACCCGCCAACCGGCAUCGCCACCGUACAGCUCCUGGGCAGAGCGGGAACGACCACAGCCUUCGCCAAGCCCGACCUCAAGUAUGAGCCCCGACAGCGCGUACUUUACACCCGUCUCCGAACCCCGCGCCACACCUUUAAGCGCAUUCUACGUGGACGCAGACAACUGGACGUCCUCAUCUCGCAAAGAGCACUUCCCGACCGGUAUCGACCCGGCGAUACUCGUAGCACGCCUUUCCGCACCGACACGUCCGCUACUGAUCGACACACGACCGGUUGGGCUGUUCCACCAGAGCCAUAUUGAAGGGAGCAUCAACAUGGCGAUCCCGUCCCUGAUCCUCAAGCGGUCGCGGAAGCCGGGGGGCGGGCUGCAGGACUUGGACGCUUUGCGGCAGUUCAUCCCGACGGAGGAGGGCAAGCGGCUGUGGGACGACAUGAUGACGAGUGGGGACUGGGAUGGAGACGUGAUCGUGUACGACGAGACGAUGGAGGAUAAGGAGCGCCACAACACGGGGGCGACGGCAUGGGGGCUGUUACCGGUGAUUGUGCCCCUACUCGACCCCGGGAACGUCGACUACCUCGAAGGCGGCUUGGCCUCCGCACGGCAGCAUCCCUAUCUCCGUCAACUAAUUGCGACCACGAACAAACGCAGGGAGGAGCCGACGAGCCAGUCGGCGGGAUUGUUCCAGCUGGACGUGUCGAGUGCGGCGCGGACGAGGAACCUUCCCGAAAUUGAGCAGACGUUACAUUCACCGUUCGCGACAAUGCCGUCUGCGAUACAUACAUGGCACGCUAUGGGUGAUUAUGCCACACCUUCGCCACCACCGUCACAAACUGUUUUCUCUCGACCGCCACCACCGCGGCGGCCAAGUAUACCCACACUAAGGAAAUUGGACACGACUUCCGCGGAGCGACUGAACGCAGGGAUGCCGAAGUUGCAGGUGCGCACUGCGCCCAUAAAAGCGGCGACGCUGUCUGCGCCACCACUUCCUGGGUCUGACCACUCAUUACGCUCGCGUUCGCGUUCUCCCUCACACCUGAAUCUAUCUUUUGCGAAUCACUCCCCGCCGGGAUCUGCUCGGCUGCUAUCCGCCAAUUUUGGCUCGCACGACUUUCUCCCACCACCAUCACCCUCGUUUCCUGGUGCGGGAUCCAGCACACCACAUACCCCAUCGACGCCAAUGCCGCGCUCGCCCUCCACUGCACGACUCGAUUCUUCGCAGCCGCCGACAACGGAGGAACCAUACCCUAUUUUCACUGUAUCAACAAUUCUACCGAAUUUUCUCUUCCUCGGUCCCGAGCUCACGGCAGAAGAGCACGUCGAGGAGCUGUUCGCGCUGGGUGUGAAGCGAAUAUUGAACCUCGCUGCGGAAUGCGAUGACGAUCAUGAUCUACGACUGCGUGAACGCUUUGAGCGCUAUAUUCGCAUUCCCAUGCGAGACACAGUUGAGGAAGACAAUAUCACGCGAGGCGUGCGCGAGGUCUGUGACCUUCUAGACGACGCACGUCUGCACUCUGCGCCGACCUUCGUGCACUGCAAGGCAGGCAAGUCGCGAUCUGUCACGGCCGUAAUGGCAUAUCUUAUACACGCGAACCACUGGACCCUCUCACGCGCCUACGCCUUCGUGCUCGAGCGGCGCAAAGGCAUCUCGCCCAAUAUUGGGUUCGUCUCGGAGCUCAUGACCUUCGAGGAGCAGGAGCUCGGUGGCAAGUCCGUCGGCGUAGUCAAGGUGCCGCCGCCUGCAGACCCAGACAGCGGCGAGGAUUCUGCGAGCGGGGGCAGCGGCGUCGGCGCCAAUUACCAGGUCGCGCUGGGCGGGCGCCGCCCGCAGAACGUGCGCGAGAGCCUGCCGCCCGUGUUCACGAGCCAGCAUUCGUUCCAUGUAAUGCCUACGCCGAGUGCGGUGGACUCGGCGUCGCUGGGCGACUCAGGCCAGGAGACGGAGAUCAAGGACGCGUCGGGACGGUAUCGCCAUGCGCGCCGGGCUCCGGUCGACGAAGCGACGCUGCAGCCGAUGCGGCGCGUGAGCAAGGCGGGGCUCGAGAGCUCUGUUUAUGCAUGA